AUAUGGCCACCACAGAAAUCAACUCUUCAGUUGAAACAACUGAGCAAUCUGAGAAAGUAGCUGAACCAGAAGAAAAGGCAAAGAGUGAUGAUGAUAAUAAGCAGGAAACUGUAGAGGAAAGUAAACAAGAAGAAACAGAAGCUGCUUCUACUCCARCUCAAACCAACUCUGAACMAGCAGCAGCUCAGGACAAUGGUGAUAACCAUGACCAGACAUUGUAUGUUGCCAUACAACCYGGUGCAAACAUGGACUCUUCCCAUGUCGACCAUCCUGCUGUUUAUGUUGAGGUGGUAGAGGCUGGAAAUGGUACUGAGAUACCUGCCAGUGAAGAGCARGUCGUCCAGGAAGGAGUUGUUAUUGAACAGGAAACAAAUCCUGAGGUGACAACRUCAUCAGUGAUAUCCCAUGUUGUUGAUCAAGCUACUCUAUCUACAAUGCAAGCUGAGAUGAUUGCAGUCCAAGUGUUGUCACAGUCAGCAUCAGGUGAUAUUCAGUAUCUACAGCAACAGACUCCACAACAGUUUAUACCCAUUGUAUCAGGUGCUGAUGCCAGUACUCUGUCAACUUUACAAGCUACCUUGGGCCAGGUACCAUUAGCAGCUCUCCAGAUAGCGACAUCUACUAGCCAAUCAGGUGUGGCCUCACACACCAUCACACUACCAAAUGGACAGACCAUACAAGUACCCAUCUCUCAGCUYUCAUCGGUAACUUCAGGAAACUCAGAUAUGACAACAGCAGUAACAUCUUUAAUCACCACCAAUACYGAGGCAAUUAUUGCUGCAGCAGCAGCAGGGGAGGCUGCAGGACAAGCUGGUCUUUCUACUGUACCCACUACAGACCUUACAGAGGUUGUKGAAGGUGGUAGUCAUCCUACUGAAGCAGAACUAGCAGAGGAGGAAGGAGAUGCCAAUGAUGAAAAUAAACCUAAGUAUACAUGUGAUAUCUGUGGCAAGUCCUACAUUCGUUCCUGGUCAUACUAUGGACAUAUGAGAGAACAUGCAUCUGGUGAAAAACAACAUAAAUGUGAAGUUUGUGGCAAAGUAUUCAACUAUGCCAGUAACCUACGGCAGCAUAUGCUUAUACAUACAGGAGAAAAGCCUUAUGAAUGUGAAUACUGCGACAAAGCAUUCAAUAACCCAAGUUCACUACGUUCCCAUGUACUGUCUCAUUCUGAGGACAGGCCUUUUGUCUGUGACCAUGAGAACUGUGGAAAGGCAUUCAACAAUCCGGGAUCCUUGAGGGUUCACCGACGUGUUCAUCAGGAAGAAAAACCUCAUGUUUGUAACUAUGAAGGAUGCGACAAGGCGUUCAAGACAGCAGCAGAGCUCUCCAGGCAUGCAUUYCGUCACACGGGAGAAAAACCACACAAAUGUGAUCAGUGUGAAAAGGCAUUUAUUAGAUAUGAUGACCUGAAACGUCACUACCGCAUACAUACAGGAGAAAAGCCAUUCAAGUGUGAUCAGUGUGACUUCGCCUGUAUCCAGUCAUUUGAUCUYGUCAAACAUAAGUUUACUCACAGUGGUGAUAAGCCAUACAAGUGUGAGAUUUGUCCCAAGCAGUUCACACGGCCCGCUAGGCUUAGAGACCACAUGAGAACACACACAGGAGAAAAACCUUAUGAGUGUGAUGUCUGUGGUAAAGCAUUUGCUAUACAGACUGGACUCAAAUCACAUCAGGCAGUACAUACUGGCGAUAAACCRUUCAAGUGUGAACAAUGUGARAAGACAUUUCGUACCAUGGUAGAACUGCAGUCCCACAUGGGUCGWCAUACAGGAAUUAAACCUUUCAAAUGCGACAUGUGUGACAAGGAUUUUAUCUCUGCCAUUACCUUCAAGCGMCAUAGCAUCGUUCAUUCAGGUCAAAAGCCAUACGAAUGCCACGAGUGUGGUCGUCGCUUUGCACGAUCUACCGACCUCAAGGUUCACAUGCCGGUCCACAGUGAUGACAAACCGUACAAAUGUGGCGAGUGUGACAAGAUGUUCACCAGGUUCAGCACUCUAAAGGAGCACAUCAGAACACACACAGGUGAACGCCCUUUCAAGUGCGAGGAAUGUGGUCGAGAGUUUAACCACCGCAGUCACUUCAACAAUCACUUGCGUAUUCACACCGGGGAGAAGCCAUUCAAAUGCGAAACGUGCGACAAAGAUUUCUCACGUAAAGCCAGCUUACGAUAUCAUAUGAAGGUUCAUUCUAAAACCGGAGGCACGACGCGUACUCCAAGAAUGAAGAAGUCCAGCGAGGAAGAAGAAGAAAAYAUUGAAAGCCAACAUGCUCUAUCAGAAGAACACAUCAGCACUGUGAAUGUCAGUCAUAUUGGUACAGAUGCCGAGGUUCAGCUUGCUGAGGCACUGGUUGCAGUCAGCGAGUCCAUGAUUGGCCCUGAGGAUGCCAUGGAAACAGCCCAUGUGGUUGCCGUGGAGACGUCUGGUCAAGAUAAUGAGGAACAGGUUGCGACAGUCAAUGUAUCAACAGGCCAUCACGUCGUAGACGCUGUCACACAGGCUGCAGUGAAUGCUGGGAUUUCUGACAGUGACGUAGCUGAAGUGCUUGUCCAAUCAGCUGUCAAUGCCAACAAUCAGCUUGGUGGUCAAGGGAUAACCAAUCAAAUCAUCGAAGUAGCUACCUCUGCUCAUCCAGGUCAGGAWAGUGAAACACAUGCUCAGCUUGUCGYGGACGCUCUUUCUCAAGGGGCCAUCGACUCCGGACAAGUAACCAUUAUGCAUAUCCCCCAGGGRACGCAGGAAGGGGUGACCAGUGAAGGCAUGGAAACAGUAAGUAUGACGGUAUCUGCGGAGAUACUAGCGGCAAUGGCUGCUGUACAGUCACAGGGACAAACCACCAUGGUUAUGACAACRGCGACAGACCAAGGCAGUCAAUCGACCCCUACUGUAACCACACAGGCAAUACAGGCACUUCAGRCAGGAACAGAGAGAGAGACCGGUGAUGAAGAUAUUCAGAUGCAAGCACUUGAGGAACAGCAGGAAGCUACAGACAGUUGUGAAACAGCAACAGAGCAAGAAGAAUCCAUGGCUACAGAUUGAACUCAUGUAUUCAUAUCUAUAUAAACUCAAUCAKAUUAACGCUAACGGGUUCUAAAUUCUAUGUGACGWUCGAARGGGUGCGUGUGAAAUAACUAGAACAUGAUUUCAUCUCCAGUCUUACACUUUCAGUCAGAAUAUCGUUCGAUCAUGGAACGUUCUACGUACCCUUUCAUUCUGUCCGURAUUUAGAUCCUUACAACCUUUAUUUAUUUGAAUGUGAAAAAGGCUCAUGUACCGGAGAUUAAUAGACGAACAAUAGUCAUUUGAGAAACCAAGCAGAACAUCAUCAGAGAUGAUUUUACAAUAUUACCGACUGUUUGAUAGGUAUAAAUAUUGCUAAUCAAUACCCACGAUAACUGACGGUCCACUAAGAAUUGCCGAAUAUCUCCGUUUAGCCUUUUUGAAAAUAUAUUUAAAGAUCCACGUGUAUCCGUGAACCUUUGCGCGAUUUUCUCACGUACGAAAAAUCUACAUUUUUAUUUUGUACCAAUCAUAAAGCAACUUCAUGCAACUUAUCUUUGAAAAGAAAACCAAUGAUUGCAAGGGUUCUCGGAUGCAAGUGGGGCUUUAGAUAAAUCGCUUUGUAUUUGUUGCGACCGAAAAUGUACAUGGAUUGUUGCCACUAGGCUGGGAUGCGCUUUCCUCUAUUCAGAGAAGUGAGGGACAGAUUAUCGCCCAUGGAGAUAGGAACGAGCGACAGACGAUUUCCCCUGGGCUYUUUUAGAUUCACGUUUAAUGCGAACGUCAAACGCUCUUUUCUUUUGUGUUUCGAUAUAAAUUCGAUGGUUUUUCUCAUGCAUGAGCGAAUCACUUUUCCCGUUUCGAAGUGUUUUUACGUUUGCGUUGCGUUUUUUUGAAAUUUUUAAAACAAGUCUUAAAAGCCAAUUUGACGUUUGGUUUUCGCCGUAAUCCUGAAUCUAAACCUCCAUAACCUUGAAUUGUGGACGAGAGGUUCUAGAUUUGAAACGAAUCAACAUCAAAUACUUCGURCUAAACACUCGUGAGGGAUUUAAAUCUCUGUCUUGUAUUUUUUUCCCUAUGCUCUUGACAGAUGUAUGCAUCCCAUUCACCUAGUUUAUACAUCUGCUUUCAUAAAAUGAUCCUCACUUGAUUUUUCUGGUGUAAAAGCUAGCAAAUGAAAUUAAUCGUAGUUAUUAUGACUAGCGAUAAAAUUGACUUAAAUGUUUUGAUAAUAAAUGGUUGGGCUUUCACUGUGUUUGUACCGGCAGGGAGUUUGAGAUGUUAACAGUGUUACGAAUUAUAAAUGCAGUAAAAUUCAGCUGUGCUUUUUGUACCAUUUUCAGAGUAUACUGUGUCUUCGAUUUCUAGAAUAGUUCUCUUGUGAUAUACCUAUAUAUUUGAAUGACAGGAAUAUCAACAUUUCCUAGGCUUAUCAUAUAAAUUGACGCUAGAAGCCGGCAAAUUGUUAAUAAAUAAUAUGGAGUGACUUUUA